AUGCCAAUUAAAUUAGAAAUUCAAGAUUUAUCGAAAUAUGUUAUAAUCCUUACUGGUGCAACUGAUGGCAUCGGUAAAGAAAUGGCGAGGAUUUUAGCCAGAUCUAAUCCAAAGCGAUUGAUUUUACCAGCUCGUAAUAUAGAAAAAGGAAAUAAGCUAUUAGAAUAUAUUAAAUCUUCUAAUGCUGUCUCUUAUACACAUCUAGAUGUGUAUAAGAGACAGGGGUGA